AUGCCCAUGGUAGCUUUCAGUGUUAUCCUGAAUUAUAACAAGGUGAAAAGAAAUGAAGACAAAGAAGCUACAAAACCACGAGAGGUGUCGUUGAAUAUUCCUUGGGAGAAGGAAGAGGAAACUGGGAAAAUAAUGACAGGUUUAGCUGAUUGCAAGAAAGAGCUGGAAUCUGUCAUAAAAGCUGUAGGAGAGUUAAGUGAUAAGGUUAAUAAUUUGAUGAUAGAAGUUAAGAGAGAUAAUAGUCUGGCUAAUAAUUUGAUGAUAGAAGGAAAGAGAGAUAAUAGUCAUGUGUCCCUAGAUUCAAAAAACGGCAAAAAUGGCGGUGAAGUCAAUUGUAAUGAAAUAAAGACUAGUACAACGAAGGAAAUUAUAGUAGCUUUGAAUAUGUUGACUACCUAUAGAAAGAAACCAAAUGGUUAUAAAAAAUUAGAAUUGCUUGCUGAUGCUACAAAAAACACUAGAGGUUUGAUAACUUUUGUUAAGAAUAAUAUACCAGCAGAAUUAAUUGUUGCUGAAAGAAUAAAUGAUAUAGAAUAUAGAAAUAGGUAUAGAUUUAAAAAUGAAACUCACAAGAAAAAAUUUAUGAAGUAUAUUGAAAAUUGGUAUGAAGUAUAUAGAUUAUUGGAGGUAAAUGAUGAAAAUGAAUUCUAUGAAGAUUUUCUAAGAACUAUAGAUGAAUUUUUUAAUAUUGUAAAACAAAAAGCAAAGGAAAUCAAAGAAACUUUGGAAAAUGUUGCAACUUUAUAUACAGAAAUUAGAAAGGAGGUAAGAGGAAAGUAUUGGAAUGAACACUUAAGUAAUUUAUUCAAAUUAAAAAAUUUGUCUAUGAUUUGGGAUAAUGUUAAUAAAAUUAGAGGAAUUAAAAAGAAAGCCUUUGUACACCCAAAUCCAAUAGAUGAAGUGAGAAGGUUAAAAGAAAAGUGGGAAUAUAUUGCAAGCUUUGAUAGUCUGCCGCUGGGUAUGAGGAAUUACUUAAAAAAUAGAGAACAUUUUUGGAAAGAUCUUUUUGAAAGUCAAGGAAAUGUAGAGGAUGAUACUUGUAUUCCCAUAAAUAGGGAUGAAAUCUUAUAUGCAUUAAAUACAGGAAAAUCUACAGCACCAGGUGAAGACGGAGUUCCAUAUGAUAUUUUGAAUUGCCUUGUGAUGUUAAAAAAUAGCCCUCUUGUUGACUUGUUUAAUUUGUCAUAUACCAAUAGGAGAUUACCAAGGGCUUGGAAAACUGCUAUUAUUAUUCCUAUUAGAAAGAGUAAUGGGGGUUUUAGACCAGUUUCACUAACCUCUUGCUUUUGCAAAAUGAUGGAAAGGGUAAUACGAAACAGGUUAGAUUAUAAAAUUAGAGGUUUAUUCUCUGAAAAUUUAAAUGGUUUUAUUAAAGGUAAAUCGACUGCUGACUGUAUUAUAAAGGUAUUAGGUAACAAUAAAUCUAACUAUAGGUUGUUUGUAGAUUUACAGAAUGCUUUUGAUAAAGCAAAUAAAAACAUUAUAUUGGAAGAAUUAGUUAAUAAAGGAAUAUCAGGAAAUUUGUUAAAGUGGAUAAAAGACUAUUUGUCUGACAGAAAAGGUAAAGUGAUUUUCCAGGGGGUUGAAUCUGAUGUUUUUGAUAUAAGCUUAGGUACUCCUCAAGGGGGUGUGUUAAGUCCUAUACUAUUUAAUGUCCUAAUGGACAGAAUUGCAAUUGGAAAUGAUGUACAAACUAUUAUUUAUGCUGAUGAUAUUGUUAUUCAGUGUCAUAACUUUUCUACUAUGCAAAAUAUAGGUAAUCAGAUUCAAGAGUUAUGUAUUAAUUUUGGUUUAAUAAUUAAUAUUAAUAAAAGUAAAUAUCAGUCAAGAAUAGAAUGUAAAACAGAUUUAGUUAUGAAUAAUCUUAAACUGCAAAAGGUUCAAUCUUAUAAAUAUUUAGGUUUUAAUAUUGGAUUUAAAUAUAAUUAUGAACAUAUAGCCUAUGUAAAAAAUUUGUGUAUUAGUAGACUUAAACCUUUAAGAAUAUUGGCAAAUUGUGGAAAGGGAAUUGGUUGGUAUCCCAUUGUUAAGAAUGAUAUAUUUGACAACCAUACGGUCAAUUAUUGA